CUCGGCCACCGCCAACUACGUCAUGCCCGUGGUGUUCGGCGCCAUCACCGUCACGCUGGCCUUCGAGGCCGUGGGGCUGGUCGCCGAGUGGGCGCUGGCCGUGUCGGGCGCGGCGCAGCUGGUGAUCGUGGCCUGCGGCUUCUACGGGGCGGCCGCCCUGCUCCUCAAGGGGCUGUACCAGCGGCACGUGCUGCCCGGCUUCGGCAACGCGCUGUUCGACGUGCUGCUCCUGGGCGCCAAGAUCAAGCCCGCCCAGCGCAAGAUGGUGGGCCGGGGAGAGGAGGAGGAGGAGAAGAAGAAGAACAGCAAGUACGCCGAGCCCCUGGCGCUGGGCAACAUGAGCGACACGGUGUCGGCGGCCAUCCUGGCCUUCCACUGCUUCGGCUACCCGCGCUCCUUCCAGGUGGGCACCCUCUGGGUGAGCAUCAACUGCGUGGCCCAGCUCCUGGCCAGCUACUACGCCUACCUGCGCCUCGACGUCUUCCACGGCACCAAGUUCGCCUUCCACAGCGCCUACUGGCUGGUGCAGAGCUGGGAGGAGUUCGUGGUGACGGUGCCCCUGGCCGGGCAGGAUGUGGGCGACUCCAGGGCGGCCAUGCUGGGCGGCUGGUUCUUCCUGGCCGCCGCCCUCCUGCUGUGCCUGCUCUCCCUGAGCCGCGACAGGGUGGAGCUGCUCCACAACGCCACCUUCGCCGGCCUCACGGUCUCCACGCUGCCCCAGAUCCGCGGGCAGGGCCGCUACGCGUUUUUCGGCGUGGUGUGCGUGCUGUACGCCGUCCUCAGCCUGGGCAUCUCCUUCGUCAGCCUGGUCAACUCCAUCGCCGAGAAGGCCCUGAUCCCGCUGGGGGCCCGUCUCGUCAGCCCCCUCAAGCUGCAGGAGGCGCUGUUCGGCUUCAAGCGCUGCCUCACCCCUUACGCCCGGCCCCUGCCCCCGCCCUCGCCCGUGGAGGAGCUGCGCGCCCAGCUGUCCGACGCCCUCUUCUUCUUCUGCAACGGCCUGGCUGCCCUGUCCGCCUUGCAGUUCUCCGGCCCGGACCUCGCACGCUCCCACCUCUCCGUGCCCUGGGUGCUGAUCCCGGGUGUGAUACUUCAGCUCUAUGUGGCCCGGCUGCAGGUUCGAGGGGGACGCCGCUUCGGCCCCACGGUGCCGUUCUGCUACGCGGCCAUCUGGGCCUCCUGGGCCUGGCUGCGGUUUGCAGGCCCUCUCCUGAGAAUCACCGAGCCCUCUCUCCAUGCCUUCACUGCUGGUGCUGUGGCCUUCCUCAUCAUCAAUGCCUUUAUCAUCAUCACUGCUGCGUACUCCAAUAUUGUGCUGCUGGCCCUCACUGCGUCAAUGGAGGUGCUCAUUGUCUGCUUCCUGCUGUUCACCUUGAACAAACUGCCACUUCCUCUCGAAGGUGUGUUCUUGGCCAUCUUCACUGUGCUCUGCGUCUAUGGGGCCACUGCGUCCUUCGCCAACUACCUGUUUGAGAAACCACUGAUUCCCAUGGGACCACAGCUGAUGAAGUCUGGGAAGAGCAAGAAAACCAGCGCAGAAGCCCUGCCUUGCCCCUGCCCCAGCUCCCAGAAGACCAGUGGGCUCAUGACGAUCGCACGGAUCCUGGAGUCCGGAGGGGUGUGUGGGAUCCCCUCUGACACCGUCUACACUCUGUCCGCCUCCUGCAAGCACCCCUCCGCCAUCGAGCGCAUCUACAACAUCAAGGAACGCCCCUUGGAAAAGCCGAUCUGCCUGACGAUCGCCAGCCUGGCGCAGCUGGAGGAGGUGAACCCGCCCUUCAGCCCCCUGCUGUGGGAGUUCAUGAGGAACAUCUACCCUGGGGGCAUCGGCUGCAUCGUCAGGAAGGGCGACUGGCUGAGGAAACUGGGAGUGGGCCCAGCCUACGACUAUGUGGGGACCAAGGACACCAUCAUGAUCCGCAUCUCUGACCUGACCGUCACCACCCACCUGCUCAGCAUGACCGGGCCGCUGGCCAUCACCUCCGCCAACCCCAGCGGGGAGCCCGACAGCACGCACCACGACAUGGUCGUCACGCGCCUGGGGCACAAGCUGGACGGCGUCCUGUGCGACGGAGACUCCACAGAGCUCGUCUCCUCCACGGUGGUCAUCUGCACCAAGAUCGACGAAGGGAAGCUGUCCUUCCUGAGGGAGGGCGCCGUGCCCACGGCGAAGGUCCUGCAGAUCUUCGAGCGUGUCAGGAACAAGAUGGCCGCCACCGAGGCGGCGUGAAGGACCGCAGCCGGAGGACAGGGUGCCUCUCUCCUCCCCUGACCAGCAGCCCGGCGCCAGGAAGGCGCCGCCGCGAGGAGAGAGAGGCACCGCAGCGUUCGACCUGCAGACGGCGAUUUUUUUAAACAAAGACAGAUUUUUUCCUAAAGAGGAGGCGCGUCCGAAGGAAAUAUUUACCCAGUACCUUCACAAAUUCACAGAGAGCGACAACUUUAGACUGCAGUUCCUUCUGCAGAGGGCAGCUUGUUAGACCUCACGCCUGAACUACACGCAAUUGUUUAAAGUGUUUUAAAAACCACUUCACUUAAUUUAUUGGAUCUGCUUGAAGGGGCUUUUUUGGAGUCAGGGAGCCUUAGAAAUGUAUAUAUUGUUUUCGUUGUAAAUAUAUGCAGUUAGUAUUUUUGUAAGUGUUAAUAUGUAUCUGGUGUGCAAUAUUUUUUUUUUAAAUCAGGUUAAACUUCAGAUAAUGGGGAAAUGACUGAGACUGCAAACGUGAUUAAAGUAAUGGAACUGGGUAUUUUUUAAAUAAAUGUUUUCAACACGAACAUGCUGUGUAUGU